AAUAUUAACGUAUAUUUGCAAUUGUCGUUUGCUUUUGUUUAGUUUUCGACAAACAUACUUGAGAUUCCUAGUCAACCAUGACUUUUGGGAGAAUAAGUCCAAUAUUUUGUGUUUUUGUGUUAUUUCUGUAUACGGCAUUUUGUAAUCCAAUGGUUUCCAUGUCGCUACUUGAUGAUACAAAAGCUCCGCUUGUAGCCAAUCUAGACAUGUCAAACAUUAAAUCUUACAUCGAUACUGAAAUAGAUAAACUAGAACAAAAAUUAAAUGAAACAUUUUGGAAGAAUGUUGGUACGUUGAUAUCAAAUGACAAAGACUACAAUAUGAAAUUUGAGGAUCUGGAAAACAAAAUUCAAACUUCACGAAAAACACACAUAAUUAAAGAUUGCAUGGACGUAGCAAGAGGAACUAGUGGUGUAUACAGGAUAUAUCCACAGGGAGGGACAGGCUACAAUGUUUACUGUGACAUGGAAACGGACGGUGGAGGAUGGCUGGUUGUUCAAAGACGCUUUAACGGAGAAGUCAAUUUUGAAGAUAAACUUUGGGACGAUUACAAAAAUGGAUUUGGAGAUGUUGCACAAGAGCAUUGGCUAGGUAACGAACGUUUACAUCAUUUGACCUCUACUGAUCAAUAUGAACUGCGGAUCGAUUUACUUCAUGAUGAAUUGAAGAAAUUUACAGUUUUUGCAAAAUAUAAACAGUUUUCAGUUGGAAAUGAAGAUUCAAAGUAUGCUUUAACUAUUGGCAACUUCACUGGAAAUAAAGUGCCGUCAAUAAUUACAAUGAAUGGUCUACAAGAUUUUUUUGAAAGACAAACAAAGUUUACAACUCCAGACAUUGACAACAUUGAUAACAGUUCGCUAAAUUGUGCUGAUAGCGAAUACUUCGAACAAAAACGAGGAGGAUGGUGGUUUCUUCCCAAAUGUGAGACUUCAUAUUUGAAUGGUCAAUACCGAAACGGUAUGAGAUGGUCCUAUAUGCUGUUUUACAAUAGACAUGCGUGGUUAAUGAGAGAAAGCCGAAUGAUGAUUCGACGCUUGUGAUCAGUAAAUCAUGAUUUGUUUUAAUUUAGCUGAAUAUAUUAAGGAUGUUCGCUAUUAUUGUUUUGGGAUUUUUGUCAGAUUUUCUGAAUACUCUUGUUUUAUCCAUUUGAAUGCCUUAAAAAAAUUUGCCCAUUGACCUCCAUAUUUUUAAUAAAUCUUUUAUAUGUAUAAUUAUAAGUCAUCUGUAAUAGUCUUUUAAAAUCUUUAUUAUUUUUUAAUAGUUUUUGAGAACUUAACUUGCCAAUGAUAAAGCAAUGAAAAAUCAAAAGAGAACAUUUUCCCGCCAAUAUUUCAAAGGCUAAUAUCUCGAAAACAAGCACACGGACCUAUAUAUUUUUUUCGCUCUUUUGGUUCCUAUAUUAAUCCCCUAUCAAUAUAUUAUAAUGUUAUGAAAAGCUUGUUAUUUUGAAACUGAGUAGCGAACUUUCUUAAUUAGUGUGUAAAGGCAAUUCAAGGCAUGGCAUUUUAUAUUUGAUGUAUAUUUUGUUAUGUUAUUGUACAAUGUAAAAUCAAUAUAUAAUUAUAUAGAAUUAUCGUUCUUAUAUGUUAAACAUCUUCUCUCAAUCAUAAAAUGGUGAACUAGAGCUGUAAAUCUGUCAUCUGAUGUUGUUAUUACUUAUUAACAAACAUAUGCUUAAAAAACAGUAAAGAUGAUAAUACACAAUGUGUCUAGUUUCUGAUAUUAACAGGAAUAAAUUGAUUUGUAUCCCUAAUUAUUAAAACGGGUGAAGGGAAGUUUGUCCUGUACCAAGUCAGGAAAAUGGCCAUUGUUAUAUUAUAGUUCGUUUCUGUGUGUGUUACAUUUUAAUGUUGUGUUUUUGUUGUGUCGUUGUUCUCCUCUUAUAUUUGAUGCGUUUCCCUCAGUUUUAGUUUGUAACCCGGAUUUGUUUUUAUCUCUAUCGAUUUAUGAGUUUCGAACAGCGGUAUACUACUGUUACCUUUAUUUGUGAUGUUAUAUUUCCCUACUUAUCAAAAAUUAAUUGAAAUUUUGAAUAAUCUUUCUAUAAUUUUUAUUUUGUAUUACAUAUAUAUAUUUGUAAUUAAAUAAAUAUUCACAUUCAUAAA